UCUCCUUUGAAAAAAAUCCCGGCCCUCGGCAGCAGGUUCUUGGAAGAGAGGAAAGGCAGGCAUGGAGCUGAGUAUCGGAAGUGUAAUUGCUUAUAUCAGCUCUUCAAGCCCUGCUUCCUGUCACAGCGAAGGCUCAGACAACAGUUUUCAGUCCUCUUCUUCCCCUGUGCCACCGUCACCAAACAGUUCCUUCUCUGAGGGGAGCUGUAGUAGCAAGAGUAAAGAGCAGUCUGAUAGAAGAUCAUACAGUGACCAAUUAGAGAAUCACACUAAGGCAAAUCAAUCAAGUGGCACCUCAACAGCAAAAAGUCAUAAUGGAUUUGCAAAAUUUAAUGGCAUGGUCUUGCUGUGUAAAGUCUGUGGAGAUGUUGCUUCAGGAUUUCACUAUGGGGUCCAUGCCUGUGAAGGCUGCAAGGGUUUUUUUAGAAGAAGUAUUCAGCAAAAUAUCCAAUAUAAGAAGUGCCUGAAGAGUAACAACUGCUGUGUAAUGAGAAUGAAUAGAAACAGGUGUCAGCAGUGCCGAUUCAAAAAAUGCUUAUCAGUAGGAAUGUCAAGAGAUGCUGUUCGAUUUGGCCGAAUUCCUAAACGGGAGAAGCAGAGGAUGCUAAUUGAAAUGCAAAGUGCCAUGAAAACUGUGAUGAAUACGCAAUUCAGUGAUCACUUGCCUACUGAAGCAUUAAAAGAUAGCCAAGAAGCAUUGGUCUUAGUGCCUCAGGAACAGCUGAACUCCAAACUACAGCAAGAAGAAGAAACUGUCAAAAGGCCCUCUUCUCCUUCUCCCCUUCCUCCUCCUCUAUGUCCUGCUCUUCCUUUGCCCUCUGAUAUUGUCAAGGAAGAAGUGAUUGGCAUGGUAACUAGUGCCCACAAAGAUACGUUUAUGUACAAUCAGGAACAACCAGAAGAUCGUACCACUGUUUUGCAGCGUCCAAAUGGGGAGAAAAACCUUAAAUACUUGGCGCAGUUCAAUUCUGGUGGUGAAACUGAUCAUGGUAGCAUAAGCAGUGUGCUUCAAAAUGGGAAUGUUAAACAUUUCAAUGAACAAUAUAAAGGGCAAAACAAUAUGCACUAUCCAAAUGGGUAUAAUCUUUGCUUCCAUUCUAUGAACUUCGCCAAUGGCUUUACCACAAAAGGGUAUAAUACAAUGCUCGAAAAUGGAUUUUCUUCCAUUGAAACUCUGAAUGCGUAUUCCUGCAGCACUGGAGGCAGAAUGCAUCUGGUUUGCCCAAUGAACAAGACUCCUUUUGUGGAUCCAAAUAAGUCUGGUCAGGAAGUCUGGGAAGAAUUUUCUAUGAGCUUUACACCCGCAGUAAAGGAAGUAGUGGAAUUUGCCAAGCGUGUUCCAGGUUUCCGAGAUCUUUCCCAACAUGACCAAGUAAAUCUUCUGAAGGCUGGGACCUUUGAGGUACUAAUGGUACGGUUUGCAUCCCUAUUUGAUGCAAAAGAUCGUACUGUCACUUUUCUUAGUGGAAAGAAGUAUAGUUUGGAUGAUCUACGUACCAUGGGAGCUGGUGAUCUGCUGAACUCCAUGUUUGAGUUUAGUGAAAAGCUAAAUGCACUGAACCUUAGUGAUGAAGAAAUGAGUUUGUUUACAGCGGUGGUCCUUGUAUCUGCUGAACGAUCAGGAAUAGAGAAUGUCAAUUCUGUGGAAGCACUGCAAGAAACACUGAUCCGUGCACUGAGGACUUUGAUCACAAAAAAUCAUCCAAAUGAAGCCUCUAUAUUUACAAAACUACUUUUGAAAUUGCCUGACCUGCGUUCCUUAAAUAACAUGCACUCUGAAGAACUUCUAGCCUUUAAAGUUCAUCCAUAGGCUUUUAGCUCUUACUUAUAUACUUGAUUUACCUAAAAUUGAUUGUUUUUAUUUUGUGCUAAAAUAUUUGUUUAUAAUUGUACAUGCUUCUGUGAAGGAUUUGCAUAAUAGUGACAUGACCUCUUACAUGUAGUAAAUGUGUCAGGUUGAACCUUAUUUCAUCGCUGACAAAAUGGCCACAGAUUUCUUCUUGAUUAUCCAAAACUGCCCCACUUGCACACUAAAUGUUAUAGAUGCUGACCUCUUUGUCUUUACAGAAAAGAUCAUUUAAUUAUGCUAAAGAAGAAUACACAGUGGCUACAAAUGGAAAGCAGCACUUUAACUAAAUGAAGCAAGACUAUAUUGGUCCAACUCAUCCUUAAGUAGAUACCUUGCUAUAUGAGACAGUUUUUAAAAACUGUUUCUGAUUUCACUAUGAAUAGUUUAUAAAAGAAUCAGCUUAGUAUAAAACUAUACAUUCAGCUUUGUACGUGUUUAUAUGUGCAUAUGCACGCACACACACAUAUAAUAUGAACAGAGAUGGCUGUAUUAUUACUUUAUAAACUUCAUGUGCAUACAUAAUUAUAUAAGUAUGUAAAUAUAAAUAAACUUCACAAUAUUUUCAGCUGUGAAGAAGUUAAAGGAUUACCCAUAUGAAUGUAUUUGAUUCUGUACAGUUGAAGUAAGUAUAUUAAAAGUUUAGAGAUUCCCAACUUCUGGUUUGCCGACGCAGCUGCUGCGGACACUUGGAAAGUGACUCCAUCUUCCACGUCCGAUUUUCCUUUGCUGAGGGACCCUGGGAAGGGUCAAAAGUCUCCCUGUAGGGCCAACGAACAAGGAGAAGACCCCCGCUUGAUUGCAGGAGAUCGGCCAUAGCAAUAUGGCUCGUCAUUAGGCUGUAGACAGCUGAAGUCAAAUCUACUAUCAAGCACUCUGAAAGCAACGUGGAUGAAACUGGGUGAGAUUUGAUCUUCUCUUUACCCCAAGUACCUUCUUUCUUGUAAAGCCGGCUUGAAGUAUCUUUCCCCUUUGGGGAG